AUGCUGAUAGGGCUCGUUCGGGACUCGGUGAUGCAGUGCUUCUGCCACUCAUGCCGCGCGCCCGUAUUGCCUGCAGCUCACCGACGGUCGGCGCCCGUCAAGAAACCAGUCGGCAAACCGAGGACCAAGCAACCCAAGAAGGUCAAGUUUAUAACUACUGAGAUCCGCUGCCAAGAGAUGUCGAAGGGCGGUCUCGCGUACGAAGUGAUCCUGGCUGAGCCAGUGGGUGUGCCAGUCCCUCGCCGCGCCGACUCACCUGAGAAGACGCCUUCCGUUGAGGAGAUUCAGGAGAAGUUGAAGGCUGCCGAGGAGAGGAGACGUAGUUUGGAAGCCAGCAAGAUGGCGGCGAUUGCACAGAAGAUGCAGAAGAUAGAAGAAGCAUCCCGUAUCCGCAGCGAACAAACGAAUAACUUCAUUGUGAACACCAAGGAGGCUCUGGACGCUAAGAUGGAGACACAUGAGGAGAAACGCGAGGCGUACAUCAACGAACUGCGCGCGCGUCUCAAGGACCAUCUCGAGGGUGUUGAGAAAACUAGGCUGACCCUGGAACAGCAAACGAUGGAGGUUUACAAGGCGAUUGAAGAGAAAAUGAACACCGCCGCCGACAAGCGCGAUGAAAACAUCAAGAAGAUGCUCGAACGCCUUCGUGAACAUGAGGAGCAAGUACGCAAGGUCCGCGCAGGUAACCAUGAGCGUUUCCAGCAACUGGAGAGCGCCAUUCAGGAGAAGCUGCAGCAGGCCGCCGACCGCCGCCUCAUGCUCGAAGCCGAACAAAAAGAGAAACUGCGCAACCAUAACCAAAAGCUAGCCGAGGUGCGUUCUGCCGCUACCGCGAAGGUCGAGGAGAUUACUAAGGACAUCGAGACCAAACUGACCGCCGCCGAACAAAACCGAGAGAAGGAAAUGCAGAAAAAGCUGGACUUCGUCAAAAAGGAGGAGCGACGCGCGGAGCUGGUCCGACAGAACAAGAGCGCGCGCGUGGAGAGCGCGGGCGCGGGUGCGGGCGCCGCCACGUCCGGCUAG